AUGGCGUCAAUUGACAAGAAACGUGAGCUGAGCACCGGUGAUAGCACAAGAAAAGGUUUCUCUGAAAUUAUUGAACUGAAUGUCGGCGGUCAGGUCUAUGUCACACGGCAUUCAACUUUGAUAGCUGUACCAAAUUCUCUGCUGUGGACGAUGUUUAGUCAGAAGACCCCUGCGGAACUUACAACAGACAACAAAGGGCGCUUCUUCAUUGACCGAGACGGCUUUCUUUUCAGAUACAUUCUGGAUUAUUUGCGGGACCUCACCCUCGUUUUACCAGACUAUUUCAAAGAGAGGGCUUGUCUUCAGAAAGAGGCAGAAUUUUUUCAACUUAAUGAGCUGUCAAGACGCCUCAAACCUGUCGUGAGUAAGGAUAAUUCCAUCGGUGAGGAGGUCUGUCAAAGCGAUCCUGAGGAAACCGCGUUGGCAAGCGCUCUAGCUAGUACCAGCAUCGCCACGACCACUGCCAGUAGUCAGAGCCUUCGCUCUCCUUCCUUAGACGCGCGAAAGACUGGCUACAUCACCAUUGGAUACAGGGGGUCCUACACAAUUGGUCGAGACAUCCAAACAGAUGCCAAAUUCAGAAGGGUGGCGAGGAUAACGGUGUGCGGGAAAACAUCGCUGGCCAAAGAGGUUUUUGGUGAUACCCUGAACGAGAGCAGAGACCCCGACAGACCACCAGAGAGAUACACAUCCAGAUAUUACCUCAAGUACAAUUUCCUUGAGCAAGCGUUUGACCGGCUGGCUGAAAUGGGAUUUCACAUGGUCGCUUGCAGCUCUACGGGCACUUGUGCGUACGCGAGUAACGACCCAAACGAGGACAAAAUCUGGACGAGUUACACUGAAUAUGUAUUCUGUAGAGAGUGACGUGGAUUCACGGAGAUUAUUAACAGAGAUGACUCGCUCGACGUUCCACUUGAGUUCAAUAUCUUUCUUUUUCAGUGUGCAAUUUGGCAGUUUGCCUACUAAUAUAGAUUUCAGACGAGCAGCGUGAAGUAUUUUCAGUUACACCUCUGAAGUUGAAGUUAGUUA